AUGCGCGGCUUUGGGGUGCUUCUGGCUCUCCUUGUGGUCGGCGUGGCCAAAGGCCAGACUUGCGACGGCAUCCUCAAGGGCAUUUAUUGCUGCUCCGCCGGCUGCGAAGAAUGCGGGGGGUCAGGGUGCAGCGAUCGGGGCGACGGCCUAACCGGCGCUGACUGCUGCACGUCCGACAUCCUGGCCGCCGGCAAGGCCUGCGGCUCCGCUCCGUGCCUCCUCGAGGAGGGCUCCUCCCCCACGCCGGCGAGCAGCGGGGGUUGCGACGGCAUCCUGCAGGGCGACGUGUGCUGCUCGGCUGAGUGCGGUACGUGCGGCGGCUCCGGAUGCGGCUCGAGGGCCGGCCUCACCGCGAACGAGUGCUGCACCUCAACCAUCGCCGCCGCCAACGUGCCGUGCGGUUCGGCUCCGUGCGUCGUGGACGGAGACACAUCACCGACACCCACGACGACUACGACGACCACCUCGGGAUCGUUCACGUGCGACGGCGUGCUCAAGGGCGACUACUGCUGCUCCGCCGGAUGCGUGGAGUGCGGUGGUUCCGGGUGUAGCGACCGUGGCGGAGGCCUGACGGGCGCCGACUGCUGUACGUCCGAUAUCUCCAACCUUUGCUCGGUCACCGGCGCCGCCCCGUGCAUCGUGGAUGGGGACACGUCACCCACGCCUACCCCACCGACACCCACCACGACUACGACGACCACCUCGGGAUCGUUCACGUGCGACGGCGUGCUCAAGGGCGACUACUGCUGCUCCGCCGGAUGCGUGGAGUGCGGUGGUUCCGGGUGUAGCGACCGUGGCGGAGGCCUGACGGGCGCCGACUGCUGUACGUCCGAUAUCUCUAACCUUUGCUCGGUCACCGGCGCCGCCCCGUGCAUCGUGGACGGAGACACAUCACCGACACCCACCACGACUACGACGACCACCUCCGGAUCGUUCACGUGCGACGGCGUGCUCAAGGGCGACUACUGCUGCUCCGCCGGAUGCGGGGAGUGCGGUGGUUCCGGGUGUGGCGACCGUGGCGGAGGCCUGACGGGCGCCGACUGCUGUACGUCCGAUAUCUCCAACCUUUGCUCGGUCACCGGCGCCGCCCCGUGCAUCGUGGACGGCGACUCGACGGGACCCACGCCGACCCCUCCGAGCCCCUCGCCACCGACACCGUCGCCGCCUUCGCCGUCCACUUGCUCUGGCACCAUCGCCUCCAUCUCUACUUCCUCCGACUCAUCGUCUUUCUCGGGGGGAGGGUGCGCUACCCUGACCGACAUGUACAACACCCAGUCGGGAAGCGGCCCUCUCUACGUGCUGGACUCCAGCAACAACAUCGUCAGCGGAGGGGGAGGCAGCGCGAGCCCCACCGGUUACUGGCUCCUCACCUCUUCCCUGGAGAUCCUCGACGGAGUGACGCUGUACGUGCACGGGACGUCGGCCGGGGGCGACGCAGAUGUGCUUCGCAUCCAGUCUACCGACGAUGAUUUCUGGGAGAUCCGCGGCUGGGGCGGCAGCCUGUCCUUCCUGGAGACUACGGUCACCUCUUGGGACACGGACAAGGGCGAGGAGAGGACCGAGUACGAGGGCGGGCGUUCUUUCAUCAACUGCGUCACUCAGUUCGAUGACAGCGACAUAUGGUCGUGCAGUGGCCGCUCCAACAAAGAGCGGGGAGAGUGCAGGAUGGACAUCAUCGACUCCACCAUGGGCAACAUGGGCUGGUUUGACGCAGAGUCAUACGGCCUCACGUGGAAGGUCCGCGGUCUGUGCUCCGACCUCUCCAACGUGGAGAUCAUGGACGACCACAACGUCUACGGCGACAUCAAGGGUUCUGAGAUCUACGGCAUGUACUACGGCAUGUACUCCUACGGACACCAGGGAGGAGUAUGGACCGACAACGUGAUGCGCGACAACAUCCUCUACGGCUUCGACCCUCACGAUGACUCGGAUGACCUGACCAUCGCUGGAAACACCGUCUACGGCAACGGAAACCACGGCAUCAUCGCGUCUAAGCGCUGCAACAACGUGGAGAUCUACAACAACCAUGUGUACAACGGAGAGCAGGCUGGAAUCUUCCUCCACCGUAGCUCCGACGACGCGAAGGUUUACAACAACAAUGUCCACGACAACUUAGACGCCGGAAUAGCAUUGAUGGAGUCGUUCCGCGCCGAAAUUUACGACAACACCAUCGAGAACUGCAAGUACGGCAUCCGCCUCAGCCUGGGCAGCGCCGACAACGACAUCCACGACAACACCUUCGACUCCUCCUCGACAUACGGCCUCUACACGUACAAGGGGAGCGACGACCCGGACGUGUCCGGCAACGACGGUCGCGUCAAGGACAACUCGUUCGACGCCAACACCAUCUCCAACACCGAUGUGGCUAUGAAGAUCAAGGAAGGAGAUGACAACAGCUUCACCAACAAUGUUUUCGAGAACGUCAAGACGUUCGAGUUCGAGGACUCGACCGACACGGUUUGGACUAACAACGAUAUCGGGGGCGGCUGCCUUGACGAGAGCACAGACUUCGCCUCGGGAUCCAUCCCCAGUUGCUGA